AAUAACAAAGGAGACUAAUAGUCACUCUUUCGCAUUAGAAUCUUCUUUCGUUACUGAAACGCACUAUGGAGGGAAAGUCUAUGAAACAGCAUAACUCAUCUGCUUCGAUCCUCUGUCCAGGACAUACGCGAACAGUGGUCGGAUUGGACUGCAGUGCAAAUACACCAGAUGGUGUAUUUUUCGUCAGUGCUUGUCUCGAUGGUAAACCCAUGUUACGAGAAGCAAAAACAGGAAAUUGGAUUGGGUCCUUUAUUGGGCACGAAGGCGCGGUUUGGUCUGCUCGCGUGAACAAGGGCGCUACGCUUGUCGCCACAGCUAGCGCAGACUUCACAGGCAGGCUUUGGAAUGCAACGAACGGUUCUCUCCUUCAUUCAUUCCCCCAGAAGCACAUCGUGAAAGCAGCCGCAAUUAGUGAAGAUUCUUCCUUAGUUGCGUUUGGAGGGAAAUCAAAGGAGGUGAAUAUUUACUCUACUUCCUCCUACGAUCUUCUUUCCACGUUUCACUUCGAUGAAGAAGUGGCCUUCUUGGAAUUCUGUCCUUUACCUUCUCUUUCUACCAGAAUGAUCUGUGUCGGGUUAUCUGGAAAGAUUGUCCUUUUCGACUCAGCCUCGACAUCUUCUGAAUUGCACUCUAUCCAACUGACAGAUAUUAUUCUGGACGUUUCACUGAGCGGUGAUCUCAUCUGUCUUGCGACAUGUCACGGCGUUCGGUUCUUAUCAUGGGAUCUUGUGAUCAUGAACAAAAAGGAAUAUCCCUUCCAUACGAACUCCUGUGACGUAAACCGGAAGCAUACACGCUACCUCGUCUCGGAUAUUGACACGAUCUAUGAAGUGGAUUAUCAAACGCACGAAAUCAUUGCUGCCUAUCAUGGGCAUCAUGGCACGGUCCAUUCGUUGCGCUAUUGCUCGGAGGGCGAUGCGUUUAUUUCGGGGUCGGAUGACUCGAGUAUUCGUCUCUGGAUGACUGAUCGUAAUUGAAUGUGAUUGCUUUGU